AUGGAAUCACCUCUGGCAGGAAUACAACUAUCUCCUCGAGAAUCCCGAGUGAUUGGCGCCCUGCUAGGCGUCCAUUGCGGCGACUCCCUCGGUGCAACAGUCGAGUUCAAACUCCACAGCAUGAUUCGAAAAAGCUAUCCAAACGGUCUCCGAGACAUCGUCGGCGGAGGUCCGUUCGGGUGGCCGCCCGGCCAUGCAACAGACGACACAGACAUGACCCGCGGUGUCUUGUUGGCCUACCAUGAUCGCUAUCAUCGCGAUAUUGAUGAAGACAUCGCUCGACUAGCUGGUGACCACUUCCUUGACUGGAUGAACGGGAACUGGCCGGACAGAGAAAAGGGAAGUUCUCCCGAGGACAUGGGUUGCGCUACAAGCACUGGCUUGGAUAACUACGAGCAAACGAGAGAUCCCGACAAAUCUGGAAGCGGGCAGGGACAAGCCGGUAACGGGAGCCUGAUGCGGUGCAUUCCUACCGGUCUCUUCCAGACAGAUCCAGAGAAAAUCAUCGAGGAAAGUCAGCGUAUCAGCAAAAUUACUCACGACGACACACGAUGCACCAUAUCAUGCGCAGCGUAUAACACCAUCGUUUCCAAGCUCAUCAACCAAGUCCCCGUCGAGGAAGCUAUCAAAGCUGGUCAAGCUGUUGCAGAAAAGCUCGAAGGCGGGGAAGGCGUUGUGUAUGAGGCUAUAUUGCUUGGUGAAGCGCUCGAUAUCGCAAGACAGGCCCGAGAAGGACCGUCAUCUAGACUUCGGGGUCAAGGUAGUGGCUAUGUGCUGGAGAGUCUGUCCCUGGCUAUUGCAGCCAUCCUCGACAGCAGAAGCUUGGAAGAUAUAGUAGUUGAUAUCGUGAGCAUUGGGAAGGACACAGACACAAAUGCUGCGAUUGCUGGUGGACUUCUGGGAGCCAGAGAUGGAGCGGAUGCUAUUCCUCAGCGAUGGAGAGCUGAUUUGCAGUUUGGGGAUGAGUUUGAAAAGAAGGCUUUGGAUUUACUUCGACCGGAAAAGAAUUAA